AAGAAUAAACAUUUUAAUAUGAUGUAAACUCUCGACAUUGUGUAGAACGCGUAAAAAAUUGUCGAGUGACAGUGGUUCAAGAUGGCUGAGGUAGUUCUGACAAAGUGUUGUGUUUUAGACACUGAUUCACAAAAAGUUAAACUUUCGUUCAAGUUAGACCAUUACUCGAAGCUAAAAAAACGUGUUAUUUCAAAAUGUUUUUAUUUCUGUGGUCACACUUGGAAGUUACAAGUAACUAAAAAGGAUGGACAUCUUGGAAUGUUUUUACGUUGGUAUGGAAUGACCACAACCGAAGAGUAUCCAGAGAAAUUUAAUUGCAAAACUGUUUUAAAGUUUUCUGUUUUAAAUAAAUUUGAUCCUGAAAAUUCUGUAUCGGAGGGAACAUCGAAGAACUACGAUGUCUUUGAACAUCUUCAUGGAGGUAUUGGCUACAGUAAAAUUAUAAAAACAAGCGAAUUAGAGCAGAUAUCUGGGUACUUAUAUGAUGACAAAAUAUACCUGCAACUUCUUUUAAAAGUUAAAUCAACCACGUAUUGGGACACCAUUCAGUGUGAUAAUGUAGCUGAAGGUGAUCAUUUCACUGGAUUCAAAUUUCCAUUCUACGGUACAAAAUGGUCCGUUGUGUUUUUUCCUAAUGGCGAAAAAGAUGAAAGCAAGUCUGAGAAGAACGUUGAAGAGAAAAACGAUGAUCCAAAAGAGGAAUUAAAAAUGGCUUCAAUUUAUUUGAACAGGGAAGUAACUCCUAAGCACGAGCUUCUGCGUCACAAUGUGUCCUUUAAAGUUUCUGUGACUGGGGGUCAUACCUUUACGCUUGAACAGCAUUUUCAUAAUAAUGAUUCGAACACCUACGGGUCACCUUCCUUUAUGACGGUAGCUGCUUUAAAGGAAUUAACUUCUAGCAAUAUGGUGGAAGUGUCUGUUACGUUCUUAAAUAUCGUAGCAUAUUCAUAUUUUGCGUAUAAUUUUGAUGGUGAUGAUGAAGAGAAAAUUUCGUUUGAAGAAGGAUUUCACUUUCAUGAUCAUUGUAACAUUCCCUGGAAUUUUUCGUUAGGGCACAGUGCCCAAACGGGGGAUGAUCCGUUUUAUGCUUACCUACAGCUUUUUAAUAAAAAUACAGAGAAUGAAAGGCGAAAAGGAAAACAAAAAGAUCGAAUCUUUCAUGUAAGUUGGCUUGUUGAUAUCUUGAGUCCAACAGAUAUUGAAGAAAGUAUCACGUUUAUGUCGCAUACUAAAAGACAAGUUCGUGACGCGAUUUUCAGCGCCUCAAACCAGACCGAUGCUGUGGAAUUUCCGAUUUCCAUUGAUGAGAUGAGAAAAAGCCGCGAUUUAUUAGUUGAUAAUUUGGGGAACCUUUGCGUUCGAGUAUCGGUGUUGUGUUGUAACCAUGUCAAACAGAUCCCACCGGAGGAGAUCACGAAGCUAUACAAUGACAUCUGGCACUAUCGAAGUCAGAAAUGUAAAGAACAAAGAGAAGAGGUUAACAAGGAAGAACAAGGGGAAAAGUUUGACGUAAAUGUAAACGAAAAUGAAGUUCUUGUACAAUCACUUUUCGAUCAUAUUGAUUCUUAUGAGCGAUAUAUCAAGGAUCUGGAGAACAAUCCUUUGCAAGCAAAAGCGAUUCAUGAGGAGACGAGCACAUCAAUUCUAAAGGAAAAAAGUCGGCCAUCUUUAACAGACUGUGAGCACUUAGUGAUACUGGCCAAACAUGUAAAGAAGAUCAUCCAGACUUUACCGCUAUCGAUCGUAAAUAUUAUACCUGCUGGUGCGUUUGGCCACGGAACUAUUGUUGCUAACUUUUAUCAGUUAGACUUUAUUGUCCAACUUGCAGAUUAUACGGAACAAAGCAACCGCAUGCCUCUUCUUUUAAACAUCAUCAAAGAGAGGAUAAAAGAACAUUGCUCCACAAAUCCAUCUGAUAUGUCGAUCAAACGAUGUGAUUCUAACACACCUUUACUAUAUGCCCAUCGAUUUUAUGUAACCGGAAAUGCGUUGCUUCUUAAAUUGGGAGAAGUGAAUGUUACCAUUUUGUUGUCAAGAGCGUUAGAUUAUUACGGUAACUAUGAAGAUGUCUACAAAAAAGCGUCAAAAGCGAAAAAAUUGACCAUGCACAGGUUUAUUAUCAUAUCCUCUGAAAGGCAAACGGAGUUCAUUGAUCGACAAACAGAUUUAUGCAAAGAUUUAAUUUGUGUAGUCAAAGCGUGGUCAAACCGAAUAAAGUGGAAAGAUGCUGAUAGCAGGCCAAGUUCCUAUCUACUGUCCCUGCUUUUAAUUCACGCAUAUGAGAGCACGGAAAAACUCAGCAUAGCUAAAACACCAUCUUUCGAAAAAGAAGUACUCACGGAGUUUGGAAUUAACGUGUUAGAUGAAUAUUUAUACGUUGAGUGGAAUCACUUUUACAAUCCAGACGAUUAUCCUAUUAAAAGAGAAGAAACAUUUCGACAUCCUGUAAUACGUGAUCCCGCCUUACCGUAUCAUAACGUUUGUGACACUGGAAUCGGGAACUGGAAACAAUUCCGACAAGAAACAGAAGAUUGGAUUGUUUCGCUAGUUUAUUAACGAACGAAAAAACAUCUGUUGAUGGUAAAAAGCGUAAAUUAAAACUUGUCUAUUGAACUGCGAGUGAACCACGAAAAAAAAGGGGGUAAAACUUCAUGCUUAACAAUGACAACUUUUUUUCUUAAAUUCUAAAGAAAAAGACAGACAAGAACAAUGGACGAAAAGAUAGAGACGAUAUAAAUUUCUUUAAAGGGACUACGAAGAGAUUUAAU